AUGCUGGAACUCAGCGAAAAAACCACCCUGACCGAGGACAACAAUGUCUUCCAGUUCUCUAACCCUCAGAAAGGAGUCGAUGGUUUCCUGCAGGUCUGGAACAAUACUGGGCUCACUCAAGACAUUUGUAUGGCCCAACUACCGGGCUUUGCGAACCGUAGAGAGUUGAUGCCUGUUCUGGCGCUGUACUUCAACGGUGUUGGAGACGGCAGCAACGCCACAGCAGAUUUCACUCCGAUCCCGCGCGUCUACAUCACUUCGGACUAUCAAGAAACCGCUGUCUUGCAAAGUGCCAUCGAGACCCCCAUGAUUUGGGAGUAUAAUCUCGGGGCGCUCGCUGAGAUCACGACCUGGAACCUCUUAACGUGA